AGAAGACCUGACAUUAUAUCACCACUGACAAUGAAGGUGACGUAUGCCUGGUUGAUAUAUUCAUGUUUAUUUGUCGGAUCCGGAAUUUUAUGUGACGAAAAACUUGAAAGACGACAAGCUGUAUCAUCUUGCAAAGUAAACACUGAGGAUAAAUUUUACUGUUCAAAUGGACUGUGUAUCGAAUGGUCGUUGGUUUGUGAUGGUCGUAAGGAUUGUACAGAUGGUUCAGACGAGACCAAAGAGUUGUGUGCUCCAUACGAGUAUGGAACAAAUAUGACCACAAAUUGCGGUAGAGUCUAUGUUAAUUACGAUAAUUUGAACGUCAGUAGUGAUAAAUCACUUAAUGGAUCGUUACCUUGGAUGGUUGAGAUUUUUAAACUAAAGGAAGUUACCAAUAGUAUUUACUCUUUAUUAUGUGGGGGAUCAAUUAUUGCUCCAAACAUUGUGAUUUCUGCGGCUCAAUGUAUUGAGCAGGAAUCGGUGUUAUCUAAGUAUAUAUCAAAAAAGGUAAUCAAAAUUGCUGUUUAUAGAAAUGAAUACUUUAUUCAGAUGUUGAAUGUGGAAACAGUUUAUACGACAAAUAAUUAUUCUGGAUCUAGUGAGUAUCAAGCUGAAGAUAUAGCUGUUUUUGUAUUAGAAAAAAUAAUUACCAUGGGUAAUUAUGCUGCACCUGUUUGUAUCGAUUGGAAUAGUAUAUAUAAUGUGAACAAUGGAGAUCGAGGAAAAAUUGUUGUUUGGAAAUCGGAGAAUGGCAAAAAAGUUGAUGUUACAUUUGAAUCGACAUUACCAUACAUCGAUCAUAGUACUUGUCGAAAAAUAAAUACAGACGGAUUUAAUCAAUUUGUGACGUUUGAUAAGUUUUGUACCUAUAAUAAAUUGGGACAAAAAGUAUUGCCUGAAGAUGCCGGAUCAGGGAUAAGCUUUUUACACUUUAAUUCUUAUUAUUUAACCGGGAUAAUGAGUUUGAAGCAUAUUGGGAAAAACGAUACAGUCACAGGUUUAUCGCGAAAUGAUUUAAUAAAUGAUACAGUCUUAGUUUUUACAGAUAUAAAAUACCAUGUUCAUUGGAUUCGUGGAAUUUUCAACAAAUAUUUUAUAGUAAAUUCAUGCAUUUUACCAACCGUCGAAGGAGUUGUAUACACUUAUGAAGGUUCUAAUAACAUUUUAUCUCACGGGACAUUAAUUUAUCAUCAUAUUUCUGUUAUUGAGAACUGUGAAGUUGGGUAUCAUAAGGCUUAUACCAAUAGUAUUAGGAUUUGUCUGGGAAAAGGAAAAUGGUUAACCAAUUUUAAGAAAUUGUGUUUCAAAAUGUGUCCACCUCUAGUAUCAAAUAGUUUAGAUAUUAAAUGUACUUAUAGUGGUAAGUAUACGAAUUGUUCACGUUUAUCGAUACCCGAUACAGUAGCAAAACCAUCAUGUAAACAAACAUAUAUUGCACCCAAUGGACAAGAUAAGACUCCGCUUGAAUUACUUUGUCAGUCUAAUGGAACGUGGAAUAAACAACUAUAUACAUGCAAUCCAUAUUGCGGUAGAGUAUACAUCCAAAACCAAGUAUUGAUAGAAAAUGGUGAAAAAGCACUUGUUGGAACGGCACCUUGGAAUGUUGGAAUAUAUCAAUUAAAUAAAAAAAAUUCCAAUUUUAACUUGAUUUGUGGAGGAUCAAUUAUUUCUCCAAAUUUAGUAAUUUCUGCGGCUCAUUGUUUUUGGAAAAAAGUUAUGCUGUCUAUGAAAAUAUCAAUUAACGAUGGUAUAUACAAAAUUGCUGUUGGAAAAUAUACUAGAGAUUUUUCAGUUAUUGAUAAUGACUUUACACAAAUAAUUAAUGUGGAAAUGAUUCACCUGAAAGAUGGUUAUUAUGGACCUACUGGGUAUCAUGCUGAAGAUAUAGCUAUUAUUGUGUUACAAAACAGAGUUCCUUUUAGUAAUGGUGUUGCACCUGUUUGUAUCGAUUGGAAUGGUAAAUACAAUGUAGUAAAUGGAGAUCAAGGAAAGAUUGUUGGUUGGGGAAAAACUGAAAAAGGAAUUUCAAGUCCUAUUUUAUUAGAAGCAUCUUUAUCAUACAUUGACCAUAGUUCUUGCCGGAAUAUGUAUACUGACGGAUUUGAAUCAUUUGUAACCGCUGAUAAAUUUUGUGCCGGUUCUGCAUCGGGACAAGGAGUAGGUAAAGGUGAUAGCGGUGCAGGAUUAAGCUUUUUACACUAUGAUUCAUAUUUUUUGACUGGAGUAGUGAGUAUAAAGGAUCCAAAUACAAAUAAUUCAAUCGCAGUUUUUACAGAACUUAUGUAUCACAUUCAAUGGAUUCGUGGAUUGUAUAACGAACAUAUCUAAGUCCAAUGAGAUUAGGUAUUUUAAUGUUAAGUAUUAAAAUAAUUUAUUUCAAUCGUAAUUGAAAUCAAUAUUUGUAUUAAUAAGUUUAUACUUAGUUAUGUGUAAAAACUCUCAACCGUUCAUACAAUUUCAUUAAAAUUAAACAAAAUUGGUAUGUAUGUUAUAAAUCAUAGGUACUUACUGAAGUAUUUUAUUAUAUUUAAUAAUUGACACAUAGUAAAUUUGAACAGUUUUAGUAUAUAUAUACUAAUUUUGCUUGUUCAUUCAUUGUUCCAUAAUUAAUUUAUGUAUUAUAUUGUAUUGUCCAUUGUAUUUGAAAUAACUAUGUAUUAGUCUUAAUAUUACUAUUUACCAAUUGUAUUGUUUAGUUAUUAUAUUGAUUUGGUUUUGUUAUUGACAAUUUCUACUUCAAAAUUAACAUGUUUGAAGAUGAAUAUAUUUUUUGUACAGAUAAAAAAAAUUAUUGAAUAAUAAUGAUAAAUUGCUUGUUUAAGGCGAUUCGCUUCGUAUGAAUA